AUGAACGCCCUAAUCAACCUCGCCGGCCUCGCAGUAUCAGGCUACUCCUUCUUCGACGUCCUCAAAAGCCAAGAUGUCGACACCGACAAAGUCAUCGGCGUCACCGUGCUUACCGGCUCAGCCCCCAACGCCGGCGGAAGCAUCCCACACCUCGCCGUCUUCGACGAGAACGGCGACCGAAUCGGCCAGUACAAAGGCGACGCAGACGGGCACAUCAACGAAGACGGCACCAAGACAUUCAGCAUCAGCCCGACCCAGAACGGCGGGAAGCAAGCAAGCCCCGACUACCUGCUCAUGGCGAUGCACGAGAACGACGCGCUGUGCAUCACGGCCAUCAUCGUGAGCGGCAACUCGCACCAGUGGGCGUGGACCGGCGACAUGGCGUACACCUGCGACGCCCAGUGGUACCACAGCAAGCGGUCGUACGGGAGCUCGAACGUGCCGAUCCGGUGCGCCUGGUUCGACGCAGACCACAGCAAUGGCAUCAAGGCGAAGGGGUUGACGAUCCACCUGCCUUCGUUCGCGACGGACGAUGCCCUCUUGCAGCAGUACAAGGAUAAGCCGGAGCGGCUGUGCCGCAAUACCAGGCGGAUGACCUUCCACCCGGAGAUCCGGCCGGACGAUCUGGUGACCUUUUUCAGACCCCCUCCGGAGUACACCAUGACCGGGGCGAUGAAGGACCCGGACCAGGAGAACGACCGGGACACGAACGCUUACCCGGAUGGUAAGGGGAAGAGAGAGCACGCGCGGGAAUGGGUGCGCCGGAACGUGACUGCGGUCGGUGUCAGCGGUCUCAAGAACAAUAACCCGGAUCUCUUGAUUGUGAGCAGGCAGAGCCAUAGCGCACGGGAACUCUGCGAGCACCCGAUGUCCCUGGGCCCGGACUUUGUGGAUGUCCCUGAGAAGACGUUCUGUGACAUGGAGACUGGGAGGACUUGGCCGCUUUGCGAGGAGGCUUCUGCCGGGCCAUGCUUUGACCUGGGCAACCGUCAGAUGAAGUAUCCUUCUCUUGCCAGCAGCACCGCCCCUGGCGUAGCCAAGUUUGCGGCGCGUGUGAAGACGUACAAAAGCUUUGAAGAGUGGUAG